AUGAACUGGAAUAAAUUUUUUAGCGGAUUGAGGAUUUACGGAACCGGCAGGAUCGACGAUGGAACGGAAACGGAAGACGAGGAUGUCACCGACAGCAAAGCAACCGUUUCAACCGAGAAAAAAUCGCAGUUUCUUGGAAUGCGUUUCCACAAGUUUCAGCACAAUCAUUUCUCACGGCGAUGCAUUAAAUCUGUCUUUAUAACAUUCAAUGCGAUAACCUUCCUUGCAGGCACAGUCGGCGUUGUAAUAUCAGUAUGGAUCCUUACGGAUGAAAGAAUAAUGUCAAGAUUGAUCGGACAUCGCCCUUUCCAGAUCAGUUUGUUACUCACGGGUCUCGUUGGUUCUCUUGUGUCUUUACUUGGAAUUAUUGGACUGAUUUGUAAAAAAAAAAAGUACUUACAGAUUUAUGCUUUGUGUUGUCUAUUGUUUCUGUGCGUUAUUUUCAUAAUUGCAAUACUGAGUUUUUGGAUCUUGGAGCAAGUUACGAGAAAUAUCCAAAGUGACAUGGUCACAGCCAUUAAAAGUUACCAUUCUGCGCUGUCGAGUAGAGAAGCUUGGGACAAUACUCAUAGUUACCUGAAGUGUUGUGGGAUUAAGUCUUCGAGGGAUUGGGCCAAGUAUCAGAUCAGCAUUCCGAAAAGUUGUUGCGUCACGAACAUUGAUGAAUGUAUACUAAUGACGGAAGCUGUAGCAUUUAAGUCGGGAUGUUUUCGGAACACUGUGCUUUUACUGAAGUCGCAUGUCCAUGCUAUAAGCAUAGCGGCUCUCCUGAUUUUUAUAAUAUUGAUACUGAAUUUACUCCUAGCUCUUUGUAUCAUGAGCAGAUUAAAAGAACAUCGUUCCAGCCGCGGCUAA